UCAGUUUGCUUCAGGUUACCAGGCCUGAUGGACAUUAGGCUGCGCGUGUAGAUAUAGAGUCCCCGAUAAAGAGAGCGAGAAAGCGGUGCGCUGUUUAGGCGCUGGUUAGGUGCCUGGUGCAUCAGGGAAGGGGGGAACCCGGCGGUCACGUGACCGAGCUGCGUUUUGAGCGCAUUAACGCAGACUGUAAAUAGAGAGUGUACAUAGUGUGAUACCGUGAGUACGUGAGGUUUUAGUUGGCAAUGAGUUCAAACAACAAAUCUAUGGUGUCCUCUGGUGGAAGAGGCACCAAUAAAAACAAAUCACAACAUGGCAAAUCAGAUCAUCAUCAAGCUAAAUCAGAUUCGACAAAACAUGACAAGGCUCAGCAAAACACUAAUCAGAUUCGGCACGCACAAAUCAUCGACACCAGAAUGGCGGGAGGUGAGGAUCCUGUCCUGAAAGAACGUAUCAAGCAGGUCAUGGAUAUGACUCGACGUUCGGAAGACGAAGUGAUCAUGGCUUUGCACGAUAGCGACGGGGAUUUGGAUCGUGCUGUCAACGAUCUUUUGGAAGGAGUGAAAACAGAAUGGGAAGUUAAAAAGAAGAAGCCGCGUCAGCCUAGCGGCUCAAAACAGAAUGCGGAUCAGUCAGGUGGUCAGGACGACAGUGGUGAUUGGGAAGAACGACGCAAUCAACGGGGUGGCGGUGCUCCACGCAUGCGAGGUCGUGCUAAUCACGACAAUCGUGGAUGGCGCGGGCGAGAAAACAAGGAGAAUGAGAGGAACAUGGAGGACGGUGUUCGCGAUGGCAACUACAGUAGAAGAGGCAGAGGUGGACCAGGAAGAUCAGGUCGUGGGGGUCGUGGCGGUGGUAGAGGUCUUGGUCCAAGGACAUUUGCGAACCGGAACGAUCCGGCGUCUGGCUCGUCUGCUCAUAGCUUUAAUCGACCGAUUGACACCUGGACAGGUGAGGAACAGCAGCAGAGUAUUCAGGAACCAAAAAUGGAUGCUUGGAAUAACUUGGAUUCUACAGAAGACUGGGACAACGAGGAAUACACAGGAUCUUUGGCAGAUACUAAGGUCUUUACACCGAGUGCGAAUAUCCUUGAACCUCCUCCUGCUUUAGAAGAACCAAAGCCUCAGGAAAUAUCACCAACGCAAUCAGGCCAAGGCGUUAAUUUAUCGUUGCUCCAGCAAGAAGAACUACCAAAAUUGUCGGAAAUAUCGGCGUUGCAACAACAGAGUUUGAUACAACAACAACCUCAACAGCAACCACAACAGCAGCAGCAAGCUGUAUUAGGUUUACCAACAAUGCAAUUGUCGCAACAACCCAGUGCUAUUAGCAGUGGUGUAUUAACAGCAGCGCAAACACAAUAUCUGACGCAACUUACUCAACAGACGAGCGAAAACUUAAAAGCGGCUGGACAAACGUCGUUUUCAUCAUCUAUGUCUAGUCAGCCCCAAAGACAAACAAAACAACGUCCAAGAGUUCCUCCACCAUCAAAGAUACCAUCGAGUGCUGUAGAGAUGCCAGGCGACGCAGUGAAUAGUGGAAUCGGAUUUCUUGAUGUACAAUUUGGUGCGCUUGAAUUCGGUAGUGAUUCGAGCUCUAUUGACGGUUCGGCAAACGAAAAAUAUAAUUCCACAAAUAGUACAAUUCCCGGCGUGGACAUGACUUCCGGUGCGAAUACCGUAAACACUGCCAAUACGAGUAAUUCGCUCGACAUUGAAACGACGCAGACUUCCACCGCACCGUUCAACGCCAGCUCUCAGAUGUUAUCGAGUACCGACAAUUUGCCAGUAUCGAGCGAGCAUUCAAUCAGUUCUCAAAGUUUCACUCGUGGCAGUAGCACUGGCCAAAGCUUGGACAUAACUAAACAGGACUUUACAUCGCAAGUCUCUCCUGGAAACGCGGCGACAUACGGCAGUACGACGACGUAUCAGCCGUCGCAGAAAUCGUCGUUCCAAUCGUCAAGCGCUACGCCGAGUACUUACAAUGCGUAUUCGAACAAUCAGUCCUCGCAGUCGACCUUCCAAAAUGCGUCAGCUGCUAGUACAAAUAGUUAUUCCGCGACAGCUACGGUCUCGCAGGCGAGUUACAACUCGACGUCGUUCCCGCAAUCCAAUGCGUCGACUUUCAAUCAAGCGUCUCCUUCCGCAUCGGCGUCCGUAACUUCCGGUUACAAUCAACCCACUACUAGUAGCCAGGUCUAUCAACCCACGAGCGGAUACGUAGCGGCAACAACAUCGCAAUACGCGCAAAGUGUAGCUACUAACACGGUAUCAAACAGUAAUGCUGGAUAUCAGGCUUAUCAGCCAGCUUAUCAAUCUUCUGUUACGACGUUUACAUCGCCGAUAACGCAGAGUUCUGGUGCUUAUCAGAGCGCCGCGCAGUCUGUUUAUGCGAGUCCGUAUGGUAGUUAUGCUAGCCAACCGCAAGCGACGUCCCACGCGAAUCACAAACUAAACAGCACCGCGACAAAGGAUUCGCAAUAUGAUAGUAGUGCGACAACGUCGAAUAGUUCUCUCGCGACGACUAGCGCACCGACGUUGGGUCUCACUUCAGCCUCCGUUAAUAGUUCGCAGACCAAAGUAACGAAUUCUAAUGCUGUACCAAAAAGCACGUCGAGCGGAGUAGUGACAGGCAACAGCGGUAACAUGACAGGUGGCGGCGCAGCCGGAAGUAUGACUCCGAUGUUGAGUCAUCAGUACAUCAUGGGUCAAGCGGGUGUACCGGCGUAUGCGGCUUUUCAGCAACCUGUGUACAGCUAUGAAGACCUGCAGUUGGUGCAACAACGGUUACCUCAUAUGCCAACUACUGGUUACUAUGACGCGGCCCUGGGCUAUCAGACAACCGGUCCGGCUACGAGUCUCGGUGGUGGUAGAGGUGACGCGCUCUCCGGCGUGCAAGGUGUUCAAGGUGUACAAGGAGUACAGGGAGCCUAUACCAGUAUUAGCGACGCCAGGUUCGCCAGAAACGACAGUAAUGCAUCCCCGGUACCUUCCACUAUGUCGCAACAAACUGCCACGCAACAGCCGAUGAUGAAUCCUACUCUUCCUCCGGGAUAUGCGUAUGCGUUUACUUACAGCAGCGGAAUUAUGCCGGGAGGUUUUCAGUAUGGAACCCCCGCUAUUUAUCCGCAAAUAGCGACGGCCGGAAGUGCUGGUACAAAUAGCGGCGCGUACAGUGCCAAGCCAGGUAGUUACGGAUCCGGUUACGGCGCCGGCGCAAGCUACGACGCAUUAGCUUCCGCCGGUCCUUCCGGGGAGUACAAAGGCACCGGUAGCAGUUAUACCGGCACUCAGACCGGCAAAACUGGCACUUCCACAGGAAAUACUAAUACCGCUGGUUCUUCCGCAACGGACAUCAGCGCCACGAUGUACGCUAAAAGUCACGUGGCUCUCGGAAAAGUAAACUCUUACGAAAAGCAGGCUUUUCACUCGGCUACACCGCCACCGUUUGGUCUUACGGGUAGCCAAAACGCUGGCUUGCCUGGUGGUUACGGCACGCCGCAUCUCUUCAUCCCGACUAUACCGCAUCAGCUGCAUCAACCGCUUCACCAGGAUGGAGGCAAUAGCACGGGCCAGAGGUCCAACACGAGUUCGCAGAAUAAAGCUCAAGCAAAGCCUGGAUACAGCCCGAGCUAUUGGACCGGCAGCAAUUAAAAUAAAGUUUCGGACUUGACACACACACAUGGCGAAUUAAUACAACACCUUACUAAUGGAGAAAUUAAGCCGUUUGCCACAGUGUGAAAUACAGAUGGUACGAGACUUUGACUCUUCAUUCCGCAUUGACUCGUGUUUACAUCGGAAAGAAAAAUAUUUUGACUUUGAAAAGAUAAUAUACUAUUGUUUUUCUUUGUUAUUUUCAACAAUUGGCGACGUCAAUGAGAAUGGAAUAAAGAGUGAAUAUUUUUGAAAAUUGAAAGGUAUAUGCAAUUAUUAACCGGAUGCUUCCUUCAAUGAUUUGUAGCGAUAAUAAACUAAUCAAUUGUGAUUUUUAUUUCUUCAAUUUAGCAUAUUCUCGCAAACUUGUUCAAUACGGAGAUAUCAGAGUAAAAGUGCGAUACUACAACAAAAUAAUUGCAUUUUACGCAAUGAUACAUGCAAAUUUCAUAUAAUAAUUUGCAUAUUCUUUCCAAUGGCGAAUUGCACUCGUGCCAAAUGAAAUUGUAGCGUUUAUAACAUGAUGAUUAUGGGAGACUAAUUAUCGUUUACAUCGCGCGAUCAUGAUAAUAAAUUCUGACAUAACCAUGUCAUAAAAUUUAUGACAAAUUUCGGGCACGUCACACAAUACGAUGAAACUGGUAUUUUAUCGUGAUUUUAUCGUAUGAUACACCGAAAAAGAGAGCGAUAACACUCAUUGAGUUUGCACUAGAUCUCCUGCCUGUAUAUUACAGUACAAUUUCGAAUAUAUUGUAUUGACUACUAAAAAAAAAGGAUGAUACAUAAUGUAUCUUUAUAUUCUCUUUUUUCUCUCGUAUAAUGUAAGCAUCUUGAUUUAAUAAAUAUGAAAAAAACGCAUCUUUGUGAUAGCGUGUCGUUUAAAAAUGCGAGAAUAAAGCUAUAGAUGUGAAAACGUAAAUUUUUAUAUACAAAUUUAUAGCGUUCUUAUUUUCGGUAUAUUCACAACGAUCUUGGAUGAGAAUUGCAAUUGUUGCAUUUGCAUACAUUUGAUUUGAACACAUCUUUAUGAUUGGAAUUGAUUUCUAUUAUUCCUCAUUUAAAAAAGCAUAUAUCCAUUUUACAUGUAUGUCAUAUACGUAUUAUAUCGAAAUUAUAUAAUCUUAAUCUCCAAUAGAAAGUCAUAUAUGUAAUUCACAUUAUUUUUCAGUAUCGUUACAAAAAAUCGAAUAUGCCACAGUAUGAAACGUAGUAACUAUUUCUGUUUUUUUUUUUUUUAUUUUUGUACUUGCAUAUUACUUUUAUUUCUUUCUCUGUAUUCGCACGUUUGACUAGAUUCUCGUAAAGCGAUGCUCUUAUUUUUCGUAAGAUUGACAACAAUUGAGAUUAUGUUUUAUUAUCAGAAUCUCAAAUUAUUAUGAUGAGAAUAUCACAUUUCUCAAAUUAGUGCAUUCUAUUUUUUGUUUUUCAUUUGUUUACUAAUUUAUAUUGACGUUUGAAUGCCAUAAUUAGUGAUUAAAUAAUUUAGUUUAUAAAAAUUAUAUAUUUGAAGGCUUUAUAGUUUUUUUUAUAGGAUUAUUAUCUUGAAGUUUGUUGAAAAGACAUAUCUAAAAACGUUACGGAUCAUCAUUUGGCAUAUUAGUGCAUUUCUAAACAUAUUAAAAAGAAAAUGGAUAAAAUUUUUUUUCAAAACGAUUAAGACUAUUAAGGUUAACGAAUCUUAAUAUUUAUUAUAUCAUUAUUAUAUCACAAAGCUUUUGAAAAAGCAUUAAUGACGUUAAAUUAAAAGUGUUGCAGUUUUUUUUACAGUUUACUCAAAAAAUAGACGUUCGCUCAAAGCAUACAGCAUGUGCAGAGAAAUUAUGUAAUGAUUUUUAUUGCAACAAUAAACAGAAUCAUAUAUUCUAAUACAUGACAGAUAUGAGUUAUACAAAUCUUUGUUGAAGAAGUCGACAAGAAUGAUCGAAAUAAAGACACGAUAUGAGAAUUAUUGAGACAAAUGAGAAUAAUAUGUGCAGUAACGGCGGAUAAUAGCGAUAUUUGUAUCUUUUUCAUUGAGAUUAUAAUAAUAAAAAAAAAAGAUCGAUUCCGUCUGGUGUAUACAUUCGUUAAUACUGCAUUAUUAGUGUUGAUUAGAGAGAUGCGAAUUAUACUAACUAUGCAAGGUAUAUUUUACAAUUAAUGUACGAUACUUAAUAUCAUAUUCUGAAAGUAAAAUAGUAUCGAAAAUGUUUCUACGAAAAUGUCGAGAUCGCAAUAAUUUUUGAAUUGUAAGUGGUCAAAGUUGAUCAUAUAAUAUUGCAUAUUCAUCUGGUACUGAUAUUUAUAAUAUAUGAUUUUUACAUAUUUUAUAUAGUUUUGUUGUUUUUUAUGUAUGGAUAGUACAUACGUUAUGAUAAUUAGCCAAUGCUGAUUGAAAUUAAAUUUUGAUUAAUUAAAUUAAAUUUUUAUUGUUACCUGCAUUACAUAUAAAUUAUUCAAUUCUUCUUUAAAUAAUAAUUUUUGAAAAAUUAACUAUAUAAAAAGAAUUGUGUUAAAUCCAAUAAAAUUUAUUACAAAUUUAUUAAUCAAUUUGUCACUAUACAUUAACUGUUUAUUAUAGUUAUCAUCAUAUAUAUAAUAUUCAUAUGUGAGGAAACAAUGAAACAGACUUAGCUAUGUAUAAUCAAUAUCAAUUCUAACUGAUGAAUAUUGAUUACAAAUUGUGAUAAGUGUAAUCAUCCAAUAUUAUGUGAUAUUUUUAUUGCCAAUUCAAAAUUAUUGUGACUCAAUUUUUUUAUAUUAUUUUCGACUCUAUUUUACUUUCGAAAUAUUCUAUUAAAGUAUUAUGCAGUGAUUAUAAAAAUAUCCUGUAUAUAUAUUAAUCGGAACGAAAUAUAAUACACUGACCAACGGAACAUACACAUACGCAUACACAUAUUUUCAAAACAUACUUUACAUUUUUGCAUUGUGAAUAAUGAAUGAUCACAGAUAUUCCUCUGAGCGAAAAAAAAAGAAGAAGAGAGAAAAGUAAAAGAGCAAGAGUACGAUCAUGUAAUGCACGAACGAAAGGAAAAAUGUACGUGAAGCGUUUUUACGAAGGUGCUGUGAGAGAGAAUUGUUACAUUUUGCGCGUGUACAAUAUAAACGUGAGGAGUAAUAAUGUUUCUUCUAGCACGAAUGGACCGGCUGAUUGUGAGACGGUCGUCAAAGCUUUACGAGAUACCGCUAAUGUAAGCGAGAAGUAAAUAGUUGUAAGUAAACUCUCGUUAUAGCGACUGCAUAUAUAUAAAUAUAUAAAUAUAUAAAUACACACACACACACACACAUACACACAUAAACUCGUAUAAAUGCGGUAUGAAUAUAUAGGAUGCGUUUUGAAGAACUUUGAAGACCAAAUGUAGUUUAGCUUCCUUGUUUUUUUCGGAGAAGAAAAAGUAUAAAUCUGUAUACUCGUCGACUCUCUCGAGAAAAAAGAAAAAAAACAUUGAACUACAUUGUCUUCGUCGUAGUCUCAUGGUGGACUACUAACAAACUGAUUUUAAUAUACGCGUUCGAACGUAGCCGGGCGUCAGAAUAAAAAAAAAAAAAAAUAAAAUAAAAUAAAAAACGACUUGAUGAAACCAAGUUGAGGGAGAAUCACAAGUAACGUUUUCGUUUUGUCUUAGUGUAUGUUUUAGUCCAAUCGCACUUUUCAUGUAUACUCGAAUCAAUCUAGGGUAAUAGAAAAAAAAGAAAAAAAAACAGUACAUUAAGUGUAAUGUAUAAUGAAAAGUAAAGGGAAAGAGAGAGAGAAGAGAUGCAAAAUAUGAGGCGUAGGAGUUAAAGAAAAAAAAAAAAGAAAGAAAGAUGAGAUUGAGAGUAAGCACGUUUGUUCUGAUAUAUAAUUAUUAUACAUUAAUAAUUUUUGUAUUUUUGUCAAAUAUUAACCGAUUAAAUGCGAAUGCAAAAUGCAUUACGCCAUUAUCGCUAUUAUAUAAUUAAUAAUAAUAAUAAUAAUAAUAGCUACUACUGUGUAUAAAUAUGGAUAUAUAAGAAUAAAUGUAUUAAAGAAGUCUGGUGAUUUACAUA